UGCUUUUUUCUCUUCUCUCUUUAUAAACGAUAUGGUUUUGAAGCUCAUUUAUUAAAUAUGAUAUCUGAAGACUUAGAGAUUGAUCUCUUACCGUCAUCAAAUGCCGAUAGUCAGAAUGAUUACUGUGAAAAUAAAAAACAGCCUUCGUCUUAACAUCAGAUACGAGUUAGUACGAAAAUAAAAAGAGGAAGGCAGCCUAAAUAAAAAAAAAAGACUCUAACCUCAAAAACAUAAAUCAUUGAAGAAAGAAAAUCUGAUGAAAGUCCAGAUAUAAUCAUGAUAGGAUCAUCAAAAGCAAAAAUGGCCAAAGCAAAUACGAUUAUGAAGAAGAUUAAAAAAAAAUUUACAACAAAGUAACAUAAGAAAAAGAUAAUUGAGGGAAUAAAAAAGGUUUAGAAAUAACUAAAACCAACGAUGGAAAAGACAUAGUCAAAGUUUCAAUCAGUAGUUUGGAGUUUCAAAACAUUUCUCAAACAACUGAAUGAAAGCAUGUAAAGAGCUUUAGAUGAAGGAGACAAAAUACUCAAGGAAUUUGAAUGA